AUGAAGAAUCCCUAUGUUCUCAUGUGCUGCUUGACCGCAGCCAUUGGUGGAUUUUCUUUCGGAUAUGACCAGGGUGUCGUCUCAGUCAUCUUAGUUAUGCCAGCCUUUCUCACCCGAUUCACAGAGAUUGAUGAGAGCGUGACGUCAAAUGCCGGCUUCUGGAAGGGCCUCGCUACAUCCAUGCUCGAAUUAGGCGGCGUUCUAGGUGCCCUCACCAACUCAUGGGUGGCGGACAAGUUCUCCCGCCGCCGCGCAAUGCAAGUCGGUGUGGCUAUCUUCGUGAUCGGUGCCGUCAUCCAGACCGCGGCUCCCAACUAUGCUGCACUGACUGUAGGUCGUUUCAUAGGUGGCUUCGGUGUGGGAAUGCUUGCCAUGGUAGCUCCUGUUUACAUGGGCGAAAUCAGCCCUGCUGAAAUACGUGGGAGUCUCCUCGUGCUGGAAGAAUGGUUCAUCGUUGUUGGCGCCAUCACAGCUUUCUGGAUCACCUAUGGCACACGUUAUAUCGACUCCGAAUGGUCUUUUCGUCUCCCUUUCCUCCUACAGAUCGGGCCGGCACUCUAUCUUGCCGUUGCCGCGAUAUGGAUGCCGUUCUCGCCACGUUGGCUCUGCCAGAAGGGUCGGGACGAACAAGCUCUAGCUGUUCUCGGUAAGCUGCGUGGACUUCCAAUUAGCGAUCCAAUGGUUCAGACCGAGUUGCUCGAUAUUCAGGUCGAGGCUCAAUUUCAGCGCAAUAUCAUGGCCUCGCGACACCAAGUUUCCAAGGACCGUAGCCAGGAGAUACCUAUCCAUAAAGACCUCGCGGGAUUUCUUGAUUUGUUUAAGAAGGGGGCACGAAAGCGAACAGCGGCAGGUGUUGCGCUAGUGUUCUUCCAGCAGUUCGUUGGCAUCAACGCCCUAAUCUAUUACGCUCCUACGAUAUUCUCGAGCAUCGGACUGAGCUAUGAGCGUUCGCUCCUCAUGUCUGGUAUCAUGAACAUCAUUCAGCUCGUUGGUGUCACCGCAAGUAUCCCGCUCAUGGAUCGAGUGGGCCGCCGACCGCUACUCAUGUUUGGAGCGAUUGGCAUGCUAGCAUCACAGCUAUGUCUGUCCAUCGAGGUCGGGCUGUAUUCAGACUCCUGGCCGGCGCACGCAGCUCAAGGCUGGGUCGGGGUGGCGUUUAUCUGGUGGUAUAUGAUCGCCUUUGGAAUCUCCUGGGGACCUAUACCCUGGUCGCAGCCGGCAGAAAUCUUCCCUUCGUCGCUCCGUUCAAAAGGCACCGCCUUCUCCCAAGCAUGCCAAUGGUUCUUCAAUUUUGUUAUUGGACUUGUGACCCCGCCGAUGAUACAGAACAUCGGCUACGGCACUUACGUCUUCUUUGCUGUGUUCUGUGUCCUCAGCUUCCUGUGGGCACUGUUUCUAGCACCAGAGACGAAGCAGCGAUCUUUGGAGGAGAUGGACGCCGUAUUCAACGACCAUACAGGGGAAGAGGACGAACGACAUAAGACGCAGAUUCGCCAGUCAUUACAAUCAAGUAGGCUCAAAGCAGAAGCCAGUGGGGUGGACCGCAGUUCUGACAUGAAACCUGAAUGGAGCCACUCCGCCGUGGACUCAGUAUAG